AUGUACAUACAACAAUCACAAAUUGAUGUAAAUUCGACAAUGAUAAAACCAUUGAAAAAUUCAAAUGGUAUUUCAAAUAGUAAUAUUAAUUCAUUUUCAAUAAAGAAUGACAUAGAUAGUAACAUUAAUAGUAAUAGUAAUAAUAUUGGCAAUGGCAAUGGCAAUGGUAAUAAUUCUUGCAAUGAUCAUAAAAAUAAUAAUAACAAUAACAAUAAUAGGAUAUCACCAACACUAUCAUCAUCUUCAUCAUCAUCUUCAUCACAUACAACAUCACCAAUAAUACCGAGUUCAAAAUUAAAUUCUAAUACAACAACAUCUACAACUCCAACUUCAACUACAUCAUCAACACCAACAACUCCAACAAUUACUCCAUCUUCACCAUCAGUUUUAUAUAAGAAUCCGAUGGAGUUUGAUAAUGUUUUUCAAUUUAAAGAAGUUUUACAAAGAGUUUUAGAUAGUCAAUUUCAGAGUGAUUGGGUAGCAAUUAUUGCUAAGAUUUUAGGGUAUAUAUUACCAAAUAAUGAUAUAGUUUUAAGGAAAUGCCAAAAUGAUGAAGAUGUGAAAGAAUUAUUAUCAUUAUUAAGACCAAGUUCACAAUUGUUUAGAAUGAUAAUAGAGAAUUUUACAAAUGAUUCAUUUCAAUUUUAUUUUCCAUUUGAUAGAAUACCAAAAUGUGUAAUUUUCGAUAUCACAAUCAAGAAUCAAUCAACACCAAAAAUAAUUAAUCAAAUUAACAUUAAUCAAUAUAAAAAAGAUAUUGUAGUAAAUAUGUUUCAAUACUUUUUCUUUGCUUUUGGUUUAUUUCCCGAUCAUUUAAAUUUAGAAAUGCAAUUAUUACCUGCAAAUUUAAAUAAUAAUAAUAAUAAUAAUAAUAAUAAUAAUAGUAUUAAUAAUACAUUAAAUAGUAUUGAAAAUAAAUUUACAAGAACAAUUCAUGGUAUUCCAACAUUUUCAGCAAAUAGACAAAAUAGUGGUAAUAGAUUAUCAAGUUCAACUGGUUUUAAUAGUCAAAGAAUUUUUUCAGGUAGUAGUAGUAGUAGUAGUAGUGGUAGUAGUCAAACAGAUAAUUCAUUAUUAUUUAAUUAUCAACAACAACAAUAUAUGAUGUCACAAAAAACAAAAUCAAUUUAUUUAAGAUUGUUAAGUGAAUAUAUGGAUUUCUUUUUACCAUUUCAAAGAUCAUUAAUCGAUGGUAAUUUAAUCAUUGAUCCAAAUAGAAAAUUAAUGGUUAACCAUGAUAUGUCUUUAACAUUUUUAAAAAUUAUCACUGAAUCAUUAUUAGGUCAUAACCUAUUAAAUCAAUCUUUAAAUAUUUUAAAUCAAUUUAAUUAUUCAUUAUUAUCAUCUUUUAAAAAACCAACACCAGUAUAUUUAUCAACAAUUCAAACUUUUAUAACAUAUUUUCAAUGUUAUUCAUAUACAUUUAAUUAUUUAUCACCAUUUUCAAUUAAUUCACCACCAUCAUCACCAUCACCAUCACCAAUCACAUCAAAUGGUAAUAAAUCAACAACAGCAACAGCAACAAUAAUACAACCAAUUUUAAUGACACCAUCAUUGGGAUUAUUUUUUAAACAACGUGAAAUUGUAUCAUCAGGAUUAUUUGAAUAUUUUGUAUCUUAUUUUGAAAGAUUAGAUCCAAAUGAUCAAUAUUUACCAAUUGAUAAGAUAUUGAAUAUUUGGGUUGGUUGGUUAACACCAUGGGAUCCAAAUACAAGAACUAGUAGAAGAAUUUCUCCAAAUGUUUUACAAAAGAAUAAUAAAUCUACAAGUUCUUUUCAAAAUUUAUUAAAUUUAACUUCAUCCUUUACUCAUAGUAUUGGUGUUGUUGGUAAUAGCGGUGGUAAUAAAAAUUCAAAUAUUGGUAGUGCUAGUAAUUUAUUAGUAUUAAAUCAAGAAUAUUAUAGUAAAUGGGAAAAUUAUGUUAUUGAACAUUAUUAUUUCUAUUCUUUUAUCUUUAAUCUACUAUUAAUUCGUAGUCAAUCUUUAGAUAUCACUAGUUAUUUAUACAUUUUUAAAUCAAUUUUAAAUAUUUUUAAUUCACCAGUUUUAAAAUCUUUAUUAAAAAGAAUUUCAAAACAUGAUUCAAUUAUAGUUCAACAACAAGAACAACAAUACCAAUAUCAAUAUCAACAACAACAACAGUACCAUUAUCAACAACCACAAUUUUAUCAACAAUCGCAACAACAACAAUCGCAACAACAACAACAACAACAACAACAACAACAACAACAACAACAACAACAACAACAACAACAACAACAACAACAACAACAACAACAACAACAACAACAACAACAACAACCACAACAGCCAUCACAACAACAAACACCAUCAGUAUCAUCAAAUUAUAUUGAUGUUUCAAAGGAUAUUUUAUUAAGAUUAGAAUAUCAAAUUGGGUUUUAUCAAAUUAGAGAAUUUAUAAAUGAAAGAAAUCUAUUUUCAGAAUUAAUGGUUAGUAAUGCAUCAAGAUUGGUUGAUAUUUUAACUUUAAAGAUUAAUCAACAAAAUCAAAAAGAUUAUUUAGAAGUUAUUAAAAGUUUAUGUACAUUUUAUGAUUUUGAAGAACCUAUAAUAAAAGAAAAAAUAAAUAAUACCACUAUAAUUAAUAAUAAUCCUAAUGAUAUUAAUAAUGCCAAUAAUAGUAAUAACAACAAUAACAACCAAAGUCAAGUAUUAUUAUCACCAAAUAGAAAUAAAGAUGGAACAUUAAAUGAUAUGGGUAGAAAACAAAUUUAUGAUGGUAAAGUGAUUUGUAAACCAUUCGAUUCAAAUUAUCCUUAUGAAAAAUUAAUUUCACAACCAUUGGUCUUUGAAAAGCAACCAAUCACCUCUGAAGAAAUUGGUAUCAUUAUUAAAUUUGGUUAUAUGUUAACUGAUAAUUCUCAAACAAGAUUAUUUAUUAGAAAAUUGGCAAGAAAGAAAUUAUUAUUUUCUUUGGUUUUAAUCUUGGCUUUUAUUUGGUUCUUUUUCGAAAUUUAUUUCUUUUUUACAAGAAAAUAG